GAAUGGCUGCAGUGGGCCUGUCGAAGAUCCCUACCUUGCGUGAGCUGUACAAGGCGGCAGCUCUUCGGGCCAGCGCGCUUCGAUACCAGCCGAAAGAUCAGUACCUGGACAGAGUAUCUUUGUACCAGGGGGAUAUCACCAAACUUGAGGUAGAUGCUAUCGUGAAUGCAGCAAACAGAAGCUUACUAGGCGGAGGAGGCGUCGAUGGUGCCAUCCAUGCCGCCGCAGGGCCUCACCUUCUGGACGAAUGCCGCACUCUGAAUGGUUGCGACACAGGAAACUCGAAGAUUACGAAAGGAUACGACCUACCUGCCCAGCAUAUUAUACAUACCGUGGGGCCCAUCUACUCGGACCAUAAUGUCGAAGGGAAGGCGGAACAGCUGAAAUCGUGCUACCAGACAAGCCUGCAGAUAGCAGUGAAGAGUUCUCUCAAGCACGUCGCAUUUCCUUCGAUCUCCACCGGAAUUUAUGGCUAUCCGAUAGAAGACGCUACCCACAUCGCACUCGAUACCGUACGACAAUUUCUAGACUCGGACGAGGGAGAAUCCUUGCAUCGUGUCAUCUUCGUUGUUUGGAGCGACAAGGACAAGGGUGUCUACGAGGACCUCAUCCCACAGUACUUCCCUGAAUCGGAGCAGGAAUGACUGCCUAGGAAACAUGCCCUUUGAUGUCGUCUAUGGGCCAAAUUUCCCACAAAUGUUUUGCAAGUUGUCUGCCUUGUAUGAAGGCUCUAUUUCAAAAGUUCAAUCGUGCCGGCGUCCUUGCGUGGCUGGCCUUGAACUUGUGGCAUCAGACUAUCCCGUACUCUCCGGAAGCAGAUGGCCCUCGUUUCCCCGAUUGGUUCUGCUGCUGUGUGUAAAGCCUAUUUACCUCGAUCCGGAUCAUGGCGGAUGGCCCGGACCGCCGUGUCUGCUCUAUUCUACCCCGCAUGACCUACGGAGCAACCAGUCGGACUACUCGUUUCUC